GGCGGUGGCGGAGGCUCUAGCCCGAGGCCUCGGCGGCGCCCUUGCGCCGCACCGCAGCCAUGGCCCUGGUGACCCUGCAGCGCUCGCCCACGCCCAGCGCCGCCUCCUCCUCGGCCAGCAACAGCGAGUUGGAGGCUGGCAGCGAUGAAGAGCGAAAGGUAAACCUCAGCUUAAGUGAGAGCUUUUUCAUGGUGAAAGGAGCAGCCCUCUUCUUACAGCAGGGAAACAGCCCUCAAAGCCAGCGAAGUCUUCAGCAUCCCCACAAGCAUGCAGGUGACUUGCCCCAACAUCUUCAAGUAAUGAUCAACCUUCUGCGUUGUGAAGAUCGGAUCAAGCUGGCCGUGCGUUUGGAGAGCGCCUGGGCGGAGCGGGCCCGGUACAUGGUGGUGGUGGAUAGCAGCGGGCGCCAGGACACAGAGGAGAGCAUCUUGCUGGGAGUCGACUUUUCCAGUAAGGAAAGUAAAAGCUGCACCAUCGGGAUGGUUCUCCGGCUGUGGAGCGACACUAAAAUCCACCUUGAUGGAGACGGGGGCUUCAGCGUCAGCACAGCAGGACGAAUGCACAUCUUUAAGCCUGUAUCCGUCCAGGCCAUGUGGUCUGCCCUGCAGGUCCUUCACAAGGCCUGCGAAGUGGCGCGCAGACACAACUACUUCCCCGGCGGUGUGGCGCUCGUCUGGGCCACAUACUACGAGAGCUGCAUCAGCUCAGAUCAGAGCUGCAUCAACGAGUGGAACGCCAUGCAGGACCUAGAGUCCACGCGGCCCGACUCCCCGGCCCUAUUUGUGGACAAGCCAACCGAAGGGGAAAGGACUGAGCGCGUCAUCAGGGCCAAGCUCCGCAGCAUCAUGAUGAGCCGGGAUCUAGAAAACGUGACCUCGAAAGAAAUCCGUAAUGAAUUAGAGACGCAGAUGAACUGUAACUUGAAAGAAUUCAAGGAAUUCAUAGACAAUGAGAUGCUCCUUAUCUUGGGACAGAUGGACAAGCCCUCCCUCAUCUUCGACCACCUUUAUCUCGGCUCUGAAUGGAAUGCAUCCAAUCUGGAGGAACUGCAGGGCUCAGGUGUGGACUACAUUCUAAAUGUCACCAGGGAAAUAGAUAAUUUUUUUCCUGGCUUAUUUGCAUAUCAUAACAUCCGAGUCUAUGAUGAAGAGACAACAGACCUUCUUGCCCACUGGAACGAAGCGUACCAUUUCAUAAACAAAGCAAAGAAGAACCGUUCCAAGUGCCUGGUACAUUGCAAAAUGGGUGUCAGCCGAUCUGCCUCCACGGUCAUAGCCUAUGCAAUGAAGGAAUUUGGCUGGCCUCUGGAAAAAGCAUACAACUACGUGAAGCAGAAGCGCAGCAUUACACGGCCCAACGCAGGUUUCAUGAGACAGCUGUCUGAGUAUGAAGGCAUCUUGGACGCGAGCAAACAACGGCACAACAAGUUGUGGCGCCAGCAGAGCGAGACCUGCCUCCAGCAGCCGGCGGAUGGCCCAGCAGGGUCUGGGGACUUUUUGCCGGAGACUUUGGACGGCGCCCCGGAGGCCCAGCUGCCCUGCCUGGACGAUGCUGCCCAGCCCGGCUUCCCAGACAGUGGCGCUCCAGGGGGACCCACUCUCCCCUGCUGCUUCCGGCGGCUCUCAGACCCCCUCCUGCAUUCCCCCAGCGACGAAACUGGCAGCCUGGUCCACCUGGAGGAUCUGGAGAGGGAUGCCCUUUUGGAGGAACCAGCCGAGCCAGCUGAGGCACACACACCAGCCAGACAUCCCCAGGAAGCUUCUGGACUCUGCGAGAAGGAAGUGAAGAAGAAGCUGGAGUUUGGGAGCCCCAAGGUCCUGAGUGGCUCCUCGCCGCAGGUAGAGGAGAUGGAAGGGGAGGAGGUCUCAGGAGCAGGGCAGUGGGGACGGCCCCCACCCCAGCUCGAGAAAAGCCUGCUCAACCGGGAGAACCUUAACAACAACAACAGCAAGAGGAGCUGCCCGGAGGACUUCGAGCACGAUGCUAUAUUUGGGAUCCUUAACAAGGUGAAGCCUUCCUACAAGUCCUGUGCUGACUGCGUGUACCCUAUAGCCAGCGGGGCUCCCGAGGCCUUCAGGGAGCGGGGUGAGAACCCCGGAGCUCCUGCCAUCUGUACCCAGCCAACCUUCCUGCCGCACCUCACAUCCUCCCCUGUGGCCCACACAUCCAGCAGGUCCCGAGCUUUAGAGAAACUGGCCUCUGGCCCCAGCGAAAGUCCCCCAUUCCUACCACCAGCAGGCUCAAGGAAGUCAGACAUCGGUGGCUCCGGGGCCGCAGCUGCCCCAGAACUACCAGCUAGCCUUCUGGAACCUUCCAGAGAAACCCAAAAAGUCCUGCCAAAGUCCCUCCUUUUGAAGAAUUCUCACUGUGAUAAGAAUCCUCCAAGCAUGGACGUAGUGAAGGAUGACUCACCACCCAAGAAAGACCCGAAACCGGCCAAGGACCUGCGGCUUCUGUUCAGCAAAGAAGCCGAGAAGCCGACAAGCAACAGCUACCUGAUGCAACACCAGGAAUCCAUCAUUCAGCUGCAGAAGGCGGGCUUGGUCCGAAAGCACACCAAAGAACUGGAGAGGCUGAAGGGCACGCCCGCAGACCCUGUGUCUCCCUGCAGGGAUGGCCCCGCCAGCAGGCUAGAAGCCAGCAUCCCCGAGGAGAACCCUGAUCUGGCUCCUGUCCCUCCGCUGGGGCCCCCAGCUCUGCCCAGCCUCUCGGGGAGUGAUGAGAAGUCAGAGGCCAUCCCCACUCCGUUUGAAGUCGCCCCACCCAAGAGCCCCGGUCCCUUCCUCUGCCGCCUGGAUCACACCAGUCACUUCUCAAAAGACUUCCUGAAGACCAUCUGCUACACCCCCACGUCGUCCUCCAUGAGCUCCAACCUGACGCGGAGCUCCAGCAGCGACAGCAUCCACAGCGUCCGAGGCAAGCCGGGCCUGGUGAAGCAGCGGACGCAGGAGAUCGAGACCCGGCUCCGGCUGGCGGGCCUCACUGUCUCAUCCCCACUGAAACGCUCACACUCUCUGGCCAAGCUCGGAAGUCUCAACUUCUCAACAGAGGACCUGUCCAGUGAGCCCGACGCGUCCACCCUCACCGACUCCCGGGACGCCCAGUGGAGCGAGUCUUCCUUCUUGCGUGAGUCCCAGGCAGUCCCAAGGAACCCAGCUGCGACCUCUCGGCCAUCAGGGAAACCUGCUUCAGAACACUUGAGAAGUCCCUCGUGGACAAGCAGAAGCUGACCGGCCUCUUGCUGUAUUUACUCGGACGUGCGUUUCCACCGGUCCCUCCCUGUGUCUCACUGUGGGUUUCGACUGUGAUGUCUCCUAAACAAGUGACAUUCUAACUCUUCCCACUCUCGCUGCAGAGAGGAGGAGAGGAAAAAGAAGAACCCAGCACAAGGAGAAGGGGGGGUGCCAGUCAGGUGGCCCAGGAGAACCAGAAGCCAUCGGCCAGUAGAUAUAGAACUCUGCUCCCCAAGCCCUGUGUUUUCAGGAAGAAUCCUGUUUUUAAAAAGAGCAUACACAGACAUGCACACACUCCCCGAACACUGCGUGUGCAUCGUGAAGGCUCCACGAUCACGGCGCACAUUCCUAGCUCAUUCAGGCCCUCACAGGGAAGUCCUUGGAUGGCAGUAUGAAGUCCUACCUCUGUUCUUGCUGUGCUUUUUAUUUUUUAAAAUAUAGUCGUGACCAAGGCUCUUUCCAGGGAAUAAUGCUGUGUCAGAAAAGGUUUUUCCAAAAGAGAUUUUUUUUUAAUUCUUAUUUUUUCGCUGGGGACCCCCAGAAAAGUCCUAAGUUGACUACGUGCAACACCGCUAGGUAAAGUCAGAACAGGCUGUCGAAUGCUGUUGUUGGACCGACCCUGUGGUGCGUGGAGAUGUUCGGUGCAGCUGAGUUCCUUGUCCUGGUGUGUGGUCCCAGCAGAGUGGCGUGCGUCCGGCCAGUACUGGGGUGAGGAGGGGAUGUGUAUAUGUGACGUCCUCAGUCAUUGCUAAUGGUCACGUGUAAGUUGCCCCCAGUCUGCGGAGAAGGACCCAGGAGCAUCACUGUGUCUCCUCUGCUGCUCAACCCGAUGUGGUUGCCUUGAGGCACUGAGAAAGCUCAAGUGUGUGUGGCGGGGGUGGUGGGUCUGAGACGGGGAUUGUCCUGCCACGAGCACUUGGGCCCAUGAGGUUACAGGAACAGGUUCAGGGAGGAAAGGGGGCUCUAAGCAGUCGUGAGCUGCUCUGCCGGCCCCUCUCUCGGAAUAGCCCUGCCACAGCUUCUCAGAGAAAUGAGACCAUUGAAAAGCUUCAUAGAUGUUUACAGUCACCGCUUCCUUUGAUGAGGUACUGCUCCGUCUCUCUCGCCCUUCCUGGCAGUGAGGACAGAGUGGAAGAGGGCUCUGUACUCCUGGCCGGGGCUCUGGGGGGCCCCUUUCAGAAUCAGGUGAGCUGCACCCAUCACAUAGCCACGGGAUGCGGGCGUGGAUGGAGGGAGUCCGCUGGUGUUGGUCAGUAAGACAGGCUGUUGAAAGUAUUUUGGAGAGAGAGUGAGAAAAAUAAAAGAUGCUUGGUAGUAAGACAGAAAGGUUUCAUCCAGGGAGUCCGCAAACUCUGGUAACAGACCCUUGAGCUAAGAAGCUUUUAUAUUUUUAAGGGCUUGUUAAAAACAACAAUCUAAUAUGCAGCAGGGACCAUGUAGCCUACAGGCUGAGAUACUCCCGAUCCAGUCCUUUAGAGAAAAGGUUCGCUGACUCUUGGUUCCACAACACAGGGCUGCCCAGGGCCCUCCAGAAAGAAACUGCCAAAUUCGAAGGCCUGCCCUGCCCCUUGGACACCUCAGGCCCAGGCCUUGUCUUCUCCUGACCCAGACCUUGCCCGCCCAACCCCCAUGUGCUGUCCCUCAGGGUAGGGGUUGGCCCGGAGGUGCUGGCCCAUAGUUGCCCAAAGUAUGGUGUGCACUCAGCCAUCCGCUGAAUUUAUUCAGUCAAACUAGAAGCCUUUGGCGCUGACCACUCUCCGAAAGUGGCUGAAGGAGCUGCCAUCUUGGAUCUUACAGUGGUCAGAUCUGGGUUAGGGUUAGGGCAGCACAGGCAGAGUUUUCAGGAACGAGGGCAGAUGGGGGCGGGGGGGGGGGGGAGGUCCACAUUUCAGCUAGUGGGUGGAGUUUGUGCAGAAACACCCUCUCCAGGAAUUUUUCCUCCCCCAUGUUGUUGAUUUUUGUUUUGUUUUGUUUUUUAAAUCAUAAUGUUAUUUGAUAGGAAUUUGUUUUCCCACCCCUGUCAUUCAAAAUCACCUUAAAGGGUGAUUAUCUACUUCCUAGAAUCCCUGUUGGGUUCCCCUCCCGCUCCCUGCCCCCGGCCAAAAGAAAGAUUAUUCUCAAAAAACAUACGGAGUUCAGUAUAUGUUUUGCCAAAUGAAACUUCGCAUUGUGGCUCCAUUUUUUGUCAAACGAUCCUUUAGAUUUGAUGCUUGACAGGCUUACGUUGCUCUUCUAACCUCAUGUGUCUGGUGUGUGGGAACAAUAUAUUUUUGCAAACUUUAAUUUUGAAAGCGUAGAAGGAGAACUACAAAUCUGAGCAAGUCUUUGGCUUUUGGCGACCCUGUUGUUUGCACAAGCACGGCUUGUAUGUCAGGUCUACACAGACCAGGGCCCAGGGCCCCAUCAUCAAAGCUAAAUGGGGGUGUUCUUGAUUGGAUGGCUAGCACUCUGGCCCGGAGGAAAGGAUACGGACUUUUCUCCAAGACCCACAUCACCAAGAGCGCUCUUCCAGGCUCAGGGGCACCCUGGCAAACAGACUCACGCUGACCUUUGAAAAGAAAGCCUGUGCUGUAAGCUAUGCUGCAUCUGGACCAGCGUUCCGUCGGCCUGGGAUCUUGCUGAUGGUGAACAUGCUGAACGUGGGAGGUCCACGCGGGAGGCAGGGAGUUUCUGCUUUGAAAGUCAUUGAUCCUGAUGACCACCAUCUUCAGGGAAUGUCCUUGUUAAAAUAGAGAACGGGAGUUUUCGAGAUCCGCCGGAUGAUCUCCCUGAGUCUUGAACUGCCUCUCUUGUACAGCCUCACCUCUGUCUCGCUCACUUGUAACUCAUGCGACAUGCUGCAAGUUAGACUCAACUUCCCUAGAUCUGCAACUUGCUUCAGUCCAGGUGGGGUGGGGGCUGCUGCUUGUCAAGCUUUGUUACGUGUGAGGGGGAACCUGGAUCUGGGGAGAGGAGGAACCACACUGCCCUCUGAUCAUGAUUCAAUAAUGCCCAAUCCGGUUUCUUUGCCUUGGAGCUACUUUUGGGGGUCAGAGUGAUGCUGAUCAUCACAAGGCUUCUUGCUCUUGGCAUUCCCUGUUUCUUUGAUCUCUUCGAGAGGGACCCAUGCUGACCUCUGGGUGCCGAACUGCGCGCUCCUGGGCAGUGACACCCAUUUGUCAUGUGUGAGAUCAUUCACCAGCUGCUCACGGUGGCCGCACCGUCCAGCCUUCCCUUCUGUUUCCCCCCACCCCUCUAGCCAAAAACCAUUCCAUCUCAUUCUAAAGUCUUUUCUCUCCUGCAUAAGCCCAGAGGAUGAUACAGGGUGGAGCCAAAGUCGCAAUAGAAUUAGCAUCUUGAGGCCGGCCCUGUCCUUGGGCGCUCUUGUCUCCACGCGGGCCAGAACCCAAAAGAUUCAGGACUCCCCCUCCUCCCCUGGGGCCAUUUCUCCCCAGUGAGAAGAAGUGAUGCAUCAUUUAGGCAAGGUCACACAAACGACUUUACCCAGGGUGUCUGAAGAAAGACGUGCUCUCUGUUGACCAGAAACGCUUUGUUCCGGAAUCCACCCAGACCCAGUGAGGGCAACCACGUGACCUCUGGCAGGAGAGCUAGGCAGGCCAAGGAAUUUGUGAUGCUGGGCACAGUGAGGGUGCACCUGCCCCGCUCCCAUCCUGCAGGCUCUUGCCAACGCUGCAUGCCAAACAAAGGGAGUUGGCUGACACCCCCUCCCCAUGCUCACUACUUGGUCUUUUCAUUGUGUGCCCUGCAGCUGAACACCUAUAUAUAUGAACUCCCUCUGCAUACAUAUACGCAUAUAUAUAUGCACAUAUAUAUAUGCAACUUGAAGCAGACCAUCUCACGGGCCACUUUUCUCCCAUCGACACACACACUGUGUCCCCCGAGUGCAAAGUGGAUCACCUUGAACAAUACAGAGUGGGGCCAUGUGCAGCAAUACUCUCCAUAGACCUGGACAUUGACCAUCACCACCCCCAACACACACACCCUUUUGUCUAGCCCCGGGCCCCGGCUUCAGUCCAUCUCUGCCACAGGAGUCUUGACAACCAGCCCUCCAGCCCCUUUGCUGUCCUUUGUGUUGGCCUUGCUGCACAAGAAGGUGGGCUGCUUCCUCCCUCCUUUUUCCGACACUGUAAUUAUUGUUUUACAAUUGAGUGCCUUAAUAAUAGUUUACAAAUACUGUGUAUUUAUGGGAAACUGGUAAGCUCGCACCUUCUGUGAUUGGGCCUUUGCCUUGGCGAUGGUGGUUGGCGUGAGGGCUGGAGCUUGCCCUACCCCAUGCUUGUGUUCAUCUGCUGUGCAGUCCUAUGCAGGGAGUGGGGGGGUCCUCCCCACCCCACCACUGUCUCAGGAGCAUUGGUGGUUCCUGCAGGUGAGGCUGGCGCUUGCUCACUGUGUGUCCCACAGUAGCAAGGAAAGCACAGAAUUUGGUUCGCUAGCCAGCCAGGGGGUGGCACCGUCCCCCUUCCCCCCCAUUGCACAAUUGUGCUCUUUAAAUAGAGAAGUGUUACCACCUAGGCCUCCCUGUGUUUCCUCCUCUGCUGGUGUCCUGAGCUCGCUGCCACCAAAUGUGGGGACGGACACCAGCCCCGGCGAAAGGAGGAGCUAAGAUAAGUUCUCUGGUUUUCAGAAGCUGCCAGUGGGUUCCAGUGUGUUGCGUUAAGAUAUUGAUGAUUUUUUUUAUUCUAUUUUUCUUCGUGGUUUUUUUUUUACAUUAUAUAUUUAAAAGGCAGUAUCUUUUGUACUGUGAAUUUGCAGUAGAAGAUGCAUAAUGCACUUUUUUUUUUUACUUCUGUUGGUGUGUACUGUAAUAGUCUGUGUGCUUCUUGUGAUGAAAAUAAACUUGUUCUUUAUAAACGUC